AUGGCGGCUCUCAAGGGCGACCCUGCGCCUCGCGAUGCAAGGUUAGCGCAGGUCAUGCGCGAGUUCAAGGAGUUGGUGCGCAACUUCGAGGCGGGGCUGCUGAGUUCACUGGCCGACCAAGGCCAGGUCCAUGGUUCGCCGCACACACAAGAUGCUGAGCAAAUUCGCCGUCAGGCCUGUCGACUGGCCAUCACCGACCUCAGCAACCGCUAUACCCCCAAGUACAUCCGCCGCUCGCUCAACGCCGCUGAGUCUGCAGGCAAGCGCCUCGAGGAGCAUUUGAGUAGCCUAUCGCUCGACAGCAGCCGCCGCGACAUCGCCCACGCCCAUGCCAACAACGACAAUGACGAUGACGAUGAAAGCGACAACAACGAGGACAACCUGGCUGGCCUACACAAUGGCUACUUCCGCCUAUACUCGACUGAGCUUUUUGACCUGCUGGGCCAGCCCGCCGAAUUGCGCUUUGGCACUUUGCGCUUCCACAGGCAUCGCACCUCCCCUCUCGACGCCGCCGCCGCCGCCGCCGCCAUUGCCUCGCCGCACCAGCACGACACUGCCCAAUCGCCCUGGGUCAACAUCGAACUCGCACUGAAUAACUCUUUCUACGUCGCCGAUUCCAUGGAGACGCUGCCCUAUCACACCUUCCGCCUGCCGUCGGCCCCCUCGCUACAAAACCGUGGCAUCCUCAGCAGAAAGCCUGAAGAUCAAGGUGCCUUCCCUGCCUACGACUCGUGGCUUCUCUUCACUUUCCUCGGUAAUGGCUGCAUAAAGCUCGAAGUUCCCAUCGAAAUGUGCGCCGACGUCUACGGUGGUGCACUCACAGGUCGCGAGAACCACGAGGUGCUGUUCUGGGGCUUCUUUGUCGACGACGAUGAUGCCAAUGGUGACGUCCCUGUUGCCUCGGACUAG